CCAAGCCCAAGACUGAUUGUGAGAACAACCAGUGUUUCUCUGGUUAGUCGACAAAUAACAAAGACAGGAACCAUGGAGCAUUCGAGAGCUGGAACCGAGAGACCACUGUUUUCCUAGAUUCGGGGACUGACAUGAGCCGAUUCCAGAAACCGUGGAACAGUGGAAAAAUUUGAACCUGUAAGACAAUGCUCCAACCAGGGAUGUCUCUGGUUUCCCGGACUUCGGCCAACUGUUUUCCCGUCCCUUUGCUAUCCCCGCCAUUUCGUCAUGUUGACAAUAUUGAAUUGGAAAAUGACAGCAUUGUAAACGAAUUUUUAAAUUUUUGGCGUAAUUCAAGUUGUCAACGUAUUGGAUUUUUAAUUGGAAAAUAUGAACAAUUUAGUGAAGUUCCAUUGGGGAUUAAAGCUGUUGUUUGUGCUAUUUAUGAACCUCUACAAAAUUCAAAUGAAAAUUCUGUUGGAUUUGAAAUUAAUGAAAAUGGGGAAGAAAAUGGUGUGGAGGAAAAGAAGAAUUUAAAUGUUAAAGUUGAUCAACUUUGUUCUUGGUUGGGAAUGAAACGUGUUGGUUGGAUUUUUACUGAUCUUUGUAGUGAAUCGAGGACGUUGGGGACUGUUAAAUGUAUUAGAAAUGAGGUUUUUCUUUUAAUAAAUAAAUAUCUGUAGGGGUUUUGGCGGGCUGUUUCUCCCAUUUCAUUAGACUUUUCUUAUUGCUCGCAUUUUUAAGAAAAAUUAUUGUUAACUUACCCAAGGAGGCAUUGGCGGGUCGUGAUAAGAGAAAACAGCCCAGUCUUAGG